AUGUUGCAAACGAAGUGCUCUACUCCACACUGAGUUGGCCUGCAGCUUUCUGAUACCUCCAAGUUGCCUUCAGGGUGCGAGAGUCCAGCUGGAACCCAAUGAGAACAAAGAUGGACCAGGGGAGUUUCUUCAGCUGGGGGUGUCUCCUCCUUUUCUUGAUACUGAUGGAAUCAUCUACAGGAGCUGAUCCCACACACUUCUGCUACGGAGCACCAGGACUUCCUGGUGUGCCUGGCCCUCCGGGAAAAGAUGGCAGAGAUGGGCUGAAAGGAUCUAAGGGAGAGCCAGGCCCACCAGCCACUCCUGGAAGUCGGGGUCCCAAGGGAGAGGAAGGAGAACCUGGAGCUCCUGGCCAUGUAGGGAAGAAUGGGCCUCGAGGCCCUGCUGGACCUCCAGGGGAGCCUGGCCCAAAGGGGGACAGGGGUGGACCAGGGGAGCCGGGCGGCUACAAGCGGAACCACCAGUCGGCCUUCACGGUGAUGCGUCAGACGGCUCAGUACCCUACCAAGAACGCCCCCGUCGUCUUCAACAGGGCCAUCACCAACAUUAACCAGGAGUACGACCUCAACAACGGCAAGUUCACAUGUCGUAUCCCCGGCCUCUACUACUUCACCUACCACACGUCCCAGACAGCCAACCUCUGUGUCAACAUGUACCUGAACCGGGACAAGGUGGCCAGCUUCUGUGACCACAUGUCCAACGACAAGCAAGUCAGCUCGGGCGGCAUCCUGCUUCAGAUGAAGCAGGGGCACCAGGUGUGGCUGGCAGUCAACGAUUACAAUGGCAUGGUGGGCAUUGGGGGGUCUGAUAGUGUCUUCUCAGGCUUCCUGCUUUUCCCAGACUAGAUUCUUAGUGGAGCAGAUGAGCACAGCUUUCUUUCCAUGCCUUCAAGUUUGGGAUGGACACAUAUAUAUUUUUUUUAGUUUCUAGGUGUCUCAUUUUUCCAGUCUUAAAUUCAGCAUGGGGAAGGGAUGUGCUUAACUAUUUCUGGGCCAGCAGCUUCCCCACACCUAAAUCAUUUGAGUGCUUAACCCUUCCCAGGUCCUCUGCUUCUCUCCAGAAUGUUCAUCUGAUAGCUUCCCCAUCACAAGCUAUAACACAUUGUAGAGGGACCAGUUGGGAUACUUUCCAACUCUGCAAUGCUAUGAGUUUCCCCCAAGCUUUGAGGUGCAACUACUUUUAUUAUCCUUAUUCUUCAUCCUUGUUCCACCAUGUCUUAGCUGCUGUGAAAGAAAGAAAAACAUGCUCAAUAAAGCAACUCUUCUUUUU